UUAAAGUACAUGUACAGUACACCUGCUGGCCAUACCCGGCCCCGCAUCCAGUGACGGGUACCCUGCGUGUGUACGCAUGAUCCAGCACGUGCGCGAACACAAGUCAUUAAAAGUCCAACUUAGACAUGUCAUACCAGUGAAAUGUCAAAGCUUUUAUAGUCGGGCCGCUAGAACAUGCAUGUAAAGGUUCAGUAAACAACAGGCAUUAUUUCGGAAAGAGGAAAGCGCCUUUCUACCGUACGAUGAUAAGCUGUCUUUUUCAAUUUGUGAUAGGUUUUAAGAACAACAAAGACAUUGAUGAAGAGAAUCUCAUGUGAGGAAUUUCUUUCUCUGAGUGUCAACCUGUUGAGGCUCAACAGGUCAUCUCAUUACACCUGCAAAAUAAUCAGUGAUGGGACCAUAAUGACAUGUUUACAGGAUGACUGAAUUCAAUCCUACUGACCAGCAAGAUGAACAAACUGGGUAAGCACAGCAACCUCCCCGUCAUCCUUCAGCGACCGUCCCUGUUGUUGUCACACAGUUCUGCCAGUGCCAACAGCCACGGAAAUGACGCUUCAACACAUGAGUCCACAUCUGCCAGGAAUACAGAUCUUGGCUCCCACCUACAAGCAGUUUCUCUCUUCACAGAGGUGAAUUGUAACAAUCUUCAAGUUACAUCGAAAUCUGAAACCACUGAGCAAUGCAGCACUCCCAAGAAGACGGUCAAAUCAAACAGUGCUUUUAGCCCAACUUGGGAACCAGAACAUUCCAGUGCCACUGCAGAAGAGUUCAAGGAAAAUUCCCUGCCAACUUCAACAGUGCCUUCUGUGGACCACAGAUCAAAUCAGAUACCUCUGUAUGCACUUGAGACCACAAAAAGUUGCAAUGGAAGCGAAGGAUUAACUCCAAGUAUACCCACAGCCUAUCUCUCUGUUUCUACUCCAAACUUUGAUGCAGAUGCAGAUCUAUCUAAUGUGGCAAUGCCUGUUCAACCAGUUCAUAUCAACAUCCAAAGUGUGCCCAUGUAUCAGAUUGUACGUCAAAGACAUGCUAACGUGCUAAAGAGCACUCUAACUUCUACUGUCCAAACAAACUCACUCAGUGAAAAUCUACCUGUGUUUGAGAUCUCCCCCUUGCAUUGUUCAAGUGCCAGUGAACCAGAUUCAGAUACUUUAUCCCCGCAAAUAGCUCGAAAUCAAUUCUCUGAGACGUCCUCUUCCACACUACAGUCACCUUUGACAGUGGUCAGGAAAAAACUUCCAAAGAAAGCCAAGACCAAGUCACAGCAGUAUCAGUGUCCAAAAUGUCUAUGUAGGUUUGAUCGUAUUCUAGCCCAGUUACAACACAACUGUCACCCAGAGAGAACAAGUGGCGGAUCAUUAAGAAAAUUGCCUUCAUUGAAACUUUACAAGUGCCUGGAAUGCCUUGAGGAGUUUACUAACUUGGAAUCUAAGAUCAGACACAUGUGUAGUUCUCAAAAAGUCACUGAACCCAAAAGAAGUAGUUCAGAGAUGAAAACCUUUAAAGGUGAAAAACCGGUAACUGAAGCAACCGGUAAGCUGAGAAAACAAGGUUCACAAAAGCAUCAUCAAACGAUUUCAAGCACAACCGCAAGUGACAUACAUAGUCCAGAGGUAAAGACCAACAGCAAACAUCAUAGGACUAAGCAUAUAUUGUCAAAGGACAGAGGUAAAACCAGGAAGAACCUCCCUCAGACAGAAAAAGAGGAAGGCAAGCCCUGGGGUCGAGCUACUGCUAAACAGUUUAAGUGUGGUCUGUGUAGUAUCAAGUAUCACCGCGUUGGAUACCUGAAAAAACACAUAGCUUCACACAUUGGGUCAGAUGAAUACAAGCGAAGCAAAAUGCCUUUUGUGUGUCGGCUUUGUAGGGCUCGUUUCAAGACCAGCAAAGCAUUGAUAUCACACAGUGCAGCAACAUGUCAUCCAAAGAAGAACAAUGCAGCACAACGUUCAAACAAUCAGUCACCUGAGUUGAUUGGUCACUCAUUCAAUAGAGAUGGUCCAGUGAAAGUACUGAAUAAUACAGCAUCUAAAAGUACCAUGUGCAUCAAAGACCCCACUGCUUCAGAACCCCGGUCUGCAGGUUGCAAUUUCCAGCAGCGAUCCUUCCAGUCUGACAAGCCCCGAUCAAGCAAAAACCAACACAAGUGUGGCUUUUGCAGCUUAUUGUGUGACAGUGCAACUGCUCUUCUGAAGCAUGUAAGGGGCCACUGGAAUGAAAUAUUUGAGAAGCCCAGUGAGCCGAUGAUAUGCUCUCGAUGCAAUGAAGAAUUUGACGAAUGUGUUAAGUUGUUUUUGCAUGUCAGGAGAAAUGGCUGCACAACAGCCAGUGAUGACACAAGUCAGUCAGAUGAGGGUGAGCAGAGAGAAGAGUUUAAGACACAAGCAGCUGUGGACAGGCCAGAGGGAAACAGAAAUGAUGGUCAAGAAGCUAGGGCUUCCCACUCACACACCCCAGAAAAAUUGAGGUGUCCUCAUUGUAGCCUGACAUUUUGGAGGUCUGAGAUACUUGAUGUACACAUGCAGAGCUCCCAUCCUCUGUUAGUCGAUGAAACAGAGUUAUCCCUAGGAGCCGCAGAAAAGUUUCCUGGUAUAAACCAUAAAGUAGUUGUCAAGUCAACACAAUCUCAAAAUUCUAUCGUACAUACAGUGUCAUCAGACUCCUCAAUAUCUUGUGGAGAUUCUUCAGAUUCCGAGCAUGAUAUGGACAACAGCAUGCGCACCAGUGCUUUCCGAUGCAGAUGUAACAUCUGUAAGCUGGAUUUCUCCCAAUGGAACCUUCUUGACAACCAUCGACGGACACAUCAUCCCCAAAAAGUGAAACACCUCAAGUUUGGAGUGGAUCAGCAAGGAGGCCCUGAUGAAUAUCUUGAUGAACCACCAGUUGACAUCAUGAAAGAUGAUUUCUUUAACCCAUGUGAUUUGUGCAGCAGGGUGUUCAGACACUGGAGGUCUCUUGCACUUCACAAGAAAGCGAAGCAUCAAGUGAAGUCGAUGUUUGCCAGGUUUUCUGCACCUAAAAAACAGCAGAAUCAGGUGAUAGAAAAUCUGCCAAGCUCCCAUCUCUCCACCCAGCUCCAUUCUUCAACUGAUAAAAACUCAUGUGUUGUGAGUGAAGUGGUUGAACUAGAAACUCCAGGGUAUCAACAUACAGAGCUUCAAACAGGAGACAGCACAGAGCAAUUUUCUGAUCUUAGCACUGAUGUGAAUUCUCUAAUGGAACAGCAUUCACUGCCAUCCUCUCCUAGCGAUGUGUCACCCCUGAUUUCUGUACCAAACAUCAACUCAGAAAAUAAAGCUGUAGACUGUCUCAGUUGUGAUAACCAGAAAAUCCUUUAUGUGGAACUCUCUGCAAGACUCGAGACAUUGUCCGAUGAAAAUAUCAGUCAGAGGCACACAUCACCUCCUCUUUCUGUACCAAAACUAACUGUUGAAGAUUUGAAGAUAUCUUCAGUUGUUUCUCUACACACAGGAGACUUUAAUUCCAAGAAUAAAGCACUGCAAGGAAGUGAUGCUCAGGAUUUUUCUAUUCAUUCUCAUUCUUCUGAAGAGAAAAUGAACAGGCAGCCGAUGUCAAAGGAGAUGUCUUGUAGUGUUGAUGCUGAGACAUCACAAAAUGCUGCAGAUUUCUUGGAGACUGCUCCAGAUGCCAAAUCUUUCCAAGCCUCACCUACAGACCAAGGGCAAAAUACUCAAGAUGCCUUCAACAUCCUAAUUGAUUCAGUAUUAGCUUUGGAGUCCUAUGGACAGACAAACAAUUUCACCAUAGAAUCAAUACCUGGGUCAGAUUCAGUAGCCACCUCUAAUGAACUGUCAAAUGGAGAGCGAGGAUGGCAUCACAGCAUGAAAAAGAUCACCUUUGCUGAGGCCAAGAAAAUGUUACAGGUCCUGAAGAAAAACCCUGUCUCUGGUUGCUACCAUUGCAGUGUAUGUGGUAAGUGGUUUGAACAUAUCCCACUCUACACCAGCCACAUCUUAGCACAUUGCCAACUGGAGAAGUUCUACUGCUCUUUUUGCGGGCUAACAUGUUUGAACGUCUUUGCAGUGCUGCAUCACAUUAUCGAUACUCAUUCUUUAACCUGUGAACCAAAUGAGCUGACUACAAGUCCUAGUCAGUCUCCUCUGAUAGAAAUGGUGAAGACAGAUAAACCUGCAAGUGGUCCGAAACCUGAAAUGUUAACCUCAAGUGAGGGACCACCGUCUGAUUUCAGCUGUAGCUCAAACCUUCAACCCGGAACGAAAUUUCCCCGUCCUUUAGAGGACUACAUGUAUCAACCAAGUAGGUUUGAGCGUAACCUCAACUGUAAUGCAGAGACUGGUUCAUAUGAGUGUCCCUUGUGUGUGUUUGUGACAAAGGAGAAGUCUGGGCUUAUAUACCACCUGCGUGUGCACCACAAGAAACAUCCUUACUGGUGUAGGCACUGCCGUGAAAGGUUUAGUUUUGGUGUUGAUGUCCAAGUUCACUUCUUCCGGUGCCAUGGUGACGUAAUGGAAGCCAACCAGCAGCAAGUGCACCAGCAGUUACGACAGACGCAGGAUUCUGCAGUCCGAAAUUCUCUGCCUGUAAUGAAAAAGUUUGACUCAAGCUACCGUACUUUGGUUUCAGCUGAUGUUGACAAUGAGCAUGGUGUUCUGAGUGAGCUUACAGACUCUGCUUCGUUUCAAAGUUCUUUUGAAGCCACUGGACUAAAAACAGCAAGUAUGACCACUGUUCCUCCUUGUUGCCCAGAUACAGGACCAGAGCAGAUGCAUGGAAGUUCAAGCACUAGUAACAAAGGAGACAUACCACAGUCGAAGUUGGAAUCACUUCUUAGAAAAACUUUGGAGAAUCCACACAAUUCUAUUGAAGUUGAAGAGAGACUCCAUGAUGAUGAAGCGAAAAGCAUCAACUGCAUUAAGGAUAAUGCGUCCGUUCAUAUCAAAGCAGAACCUGAAUGCCUCAAAGGAGAGGUUAUUGUCAAAACAGAGGCUCUUGAUGAGCGUAAUUAUCAGAAUCCUGAAUGGGUUGACCAGGCUUACUGUGGCUUUGAUGGUCUUCAAGAUGAAACUGUAGAUAACCUGGAUGCAAGAGAUAAUCAGCCAGGCUUUGAAAUGGGCACCAAUAAAGUGCCAUUUGUCCGUAAUGCUGCCUGUAAUCAGCUGCCAGAUAAGACCCAUCCUUGCUCACCUACAUAUGGUCAUACAACACGUGAAAUGUUUGAUAAAGGCUGCUUUGUGGAAGGAAAUGAUAAGUAUUCAGAAUUGAACACAACCAGGAAAGAAAAUCGUUACCUGUGCAUGAGCAGCAGUGAUAUAGAAGUGCCAGAUUUGGAGGUUGGAAAAGGUUGCAGUGAAAAACGCUCCCAUCAUGAAGAUGUUGAAGUAAGAAAUGAGACAUCAAAGCCUAACAGUCCUCUUGCAGAAUUAGAAGUUCAAACUUGUAGUGCAAAACCAAUUGCUGAAACUCAGAAUGCCGAUGGACUUGAAAAAGUAGUUCCUGCAGGCCCACAGUCUGUCUGCAAGGAUGUAAGAGAAGUGUCAGGUAAGAACUCAGUUGGUGAAAGUGUCGAUGACGUGGAAGGAGUUAGGCUUGCUUCCAAAUCUCCUGUUGCAGAGGCUGACCCAACGAACCCUGGCCAACCUUUAGAUGAUCUGUUUCAACUUGCCAGUGAUAUUGGUAUAAUUGUCACUGAAUCAAAAUUGCCCGAUUGCUCUGUAAAUGAAAAGUGUGCAGCUCAAGGAAGCAGUCCUGAGCCAGUCCGAGAUAAUGCUCUUCAAGUUACUAAAGAAGGAAAGAUGAACUUAAAUGUGGUUUCUCCCACUGAUCAAGAUUCUGAUAAUGCUGGAUCAGCUGAUAUGAUCUUGCAUGGAGAUGGAAAGGUAUCCUUUAGAAAUGUAUCAUUCAGUGACAGUGAUUCAGCAGUUUUAAAAGAGGAUGCCCAUCCUGUCAGGAACAGUAGCAAACAGAUCUUUAAGGAUAAUCAAGAUGAAAUCAUUGAACCAAGUGUCUUCAUUCAACGAGUUCUUGAAAGUCAGACUUCUCCCAAUCUGAAAAGGAAGGGAAUCCUCGAGAAUGGCACUGAGACCCAAGAUAAUUUGAAAAAGCAGAAGCAUGAGACUACCGAAAUGGAGAAGAUAGUAAGCAGUCCAAGCAACAUUUCAAGUGUCGAACAAAUUGCCAUUUCAGAUGGAUGUAGAGAAAGUGGUUCAUCGGGUCUCCAAAAUGUGGAACAAUUAGAUGACCCCAAUUCACCGCAUCCAGAGGAAGAACAGGUGUUAGAUGACCUGUCAAAUGAUGCUGACAUUGGUGAAGAUAAGAUCAUGUCAGAAACCCUGAAAGAGAUGGCUAAAAACAGUUUCACGUCCAGAAUACUAAAGAGCUUUGAGAAUGAUUGCAUGGAGUCAGUUUUGCCUCAGAGUUCCUUAGAUCCCGAUCGUGUCACUUCACCACCCUUUGUCGCCGAGGACAAUACUGCCAGAACUGAGAUGAUGGAGUCACAAGAUAUUUGUCAUAGGAAGGAGAGGCAUAGUGACAAUUUUGUAAAUAUCGAACAGGUCAAGGAUUACUAUAUGAGCUGCAUGCCAAAGAUCUUUGCUGUCGCAGGAAAUGGACAAAUGCCAGGAUUUCCUUGUGGACAUCAAGUGGACAGUUCAAAGGCAUCUUUGAUUAGACCUUGCCAACAGGAGAGGUCUAUUAGGGCAACUGUUGCUGGAGAUGCAAACAGCAGCAUAAGCGAAUCCAGCUUCUGCCUAGAGGGUUCUAGAGAGUCAGAAAAAUCUGACACAUCAGAAUCAAGAUAUCCAGUGGGAGAUGCCAGUGAUUCCAAUUGUCCGAGAAUCUCAUCAGUUCCUGAUGCAGUCGAAAAAAGGAGGCAGGAUUCUCACUUGAUAGACCUACUUCAAAGCUCUCCGAAGUGUUUUGAUCAAAGUCCAUGUGAAGCCAGUUUUCAGAAUCCAGUGCAUGAGGACCUCUUUGGCCAAGGGGAUCUUGAUAUUCCAAGAAGAGCAUCACUUCCACACUCCAUGGAGGAACAGUUAUCCCCAUCAACUUCUCAACAGCCUCUUUAUCAGAUGAGGAACUGUGCUGAGAGGAUUGCCAGGAGAAGCUACUCUUGUGAAGAUUCCUUGGUCAACCAUUGUCAGAAAACUGACUUGGCAUUGCCUCAAAAUGUUGGACAGGACUUUCAUUGCCCUGCAGGUAACAGGAGGAAUUCAACAGAUCUUGGCCAGGGGUCUCGUCAGUUUCUUCCACAGGAGACAUCCAUUGUGCCUUCGCCUACCAACCAAACACAUUUCGGCUGGAGUCAGGAGCAAUACCAACACGGCAGCAAUCAUACGAGUAGACAGUCUUUGAUGCACAAACCGAAGGAAUUUAGCCUUGAAUUGUCUCCCCAUACAAUACACUAUACACCAUAUGCUCCUCCAGUGGCAGCUGGAAGACAGAAUGAAGGUGUACCAGAUGUAAACAGUAGACAGUUUGGGGAUUACAACAGUCAACAAGAAUUGAGGUCCCCCAAUGUGAACAGCUCCAUCGUCUCACAGAAACAAGGCCAAGAAGUUUUCUCAAACCAAUGGCAUCACAACAGACGUUGGCAACAACAUUUCAACUACCACAGCGCCAAUCAGAAUAUGAUUGGUUACCCGAAGAGUAAUGAUUCACUGAAUUAUCAGUUCAUGCCGCAUAAUUUUCAUGUCCAAGCUCCAACUCCAAGUUGCUCGCAAACCAGUCACAGCCAGUGGAUGGGAAGGACUUUCCUGAAUUCAGAUUCCCAUGGCAACAUGACUGCCCCACCUAGGAAUCCUUACUCUCAUCUGUGGCAGCCACUCUGGAGAAACCAGAACUCAGCACUGUCAAGUCGUAACUCAUCCAGUUCUGGCAGUUCGUUCAGAUACCAAAGGUUAGGUCAACCUGUUCACCCACAGAUGAGGGAGAACGAGGACACCAGACGAAUGGAAGGGCAGUAUACAGCAAACAAGUCAGUACAGCAGAGUUUAUUCUGUAGCACACAGACUAGGUUCCCACUGAGUCACUCCGAAAAAACAACAGCGCAUCUCCCUCAAAUUGUCAGUGUGUCAUCAUUGCAUCCACGCUACUUGAAUAAGACACACUCGUUGUGAAUACAUGUAAAUUCACCUUAAGAUGCUGAUAGCAGAAGGAAUCUUUACCAAUUUUCUUUGCCACUAGGCUCAUAAAGAACAGUGGCAAUUACAUGUAUAUAUCAGAUACAUGAUAAUUUCUGCCAUCUUGCUUGACAUCCAUGCCUCAGUAAAAAAAAACUGACUGAAGUUAUCAGUAACUUACAACCAAAAGAACUACAAAAGAACUACAACCAGAUCCUACAAAUGGGUCUUGAGGUAAUUUUCCAGUAAUUUUAUUCUAGUGUGGACCAGAAAGAGUACGCUUAGCUCCUUUCUUUGAUGUUUCACUUGGUCAAUCAUCCUGAUGAUAUUGGACAUUAUUUGGGUGAAAAAUAUUCCGGGUUUCUGGAGGUUUACGUUGUGAAUUCUUCUUUUUAAAGCCUUUAUUUCAAAACUGGCCUUGGCGACUUUUGAUUCAUUUUUCUAGGCUGGGUAGCAUUAUUUUGCCAAAUAUGAUUUGAAAUAACUUAAUGAAAUUUGAAGUAGUUUUUAGGAAUAUACUCUUCCAACAAAACAGUGUAAGUUGAUAACUUAAAAGGUGUAAACAAGCAAGAUGAAGUUAAGAAUUUGGAGAAUACAUGUAAUUUGAGUUGAAAAUAUUGAGAAGAUUUUGCUACAGCCCCUCGGACGUGUUUUACAGUUCUUACUCACGUAAUCCCUUUGAUCUGCAGGCAGUUUCAGGCGCUUUUUCUUUUUUUGCAUUUGUUACAUUUUCUCCCAAAGUUGGCCAACCAUCAAUUCGAGUGAAGACAUUUUCCAUGUCAUCUGUCUCGCAGGAAUAACAAUAUACGUGUAAUGCUAUUAGACAUGCAUUAGUCUCUCAAAACGCAAUUUUGAUGAAUUCACCCAUUGUAGUUUUACAUGAGACUUUAUGCCCCAGUUGCCUGUCACUGCACAGUGGCACCAUUUACUGAAAUAAAAGACUUAUGGAAGCUUUACGAGAGAGAAAUUGUUCAAGAAAUUGUGAUCAAGUACAUUUAUGUAUUUGGACUUUUAACACUGACGUUUGGUCACAUGGUUUUAUGUGUGGGCUCUGCCAAGAAUGUAGCAUACCUUUUCUUCCGGUUCAUUGUAACAACUGAUUUGCCCAAACAAAACUGUACAAAUUUCGCAAAACCCUUUUUCGCCCUACCAAAGCCAUGUAGUAGUAAGUCUUUUGGUGUUAUUCUUUGCCAAGUUUAAUCCAUGGCAUAUUUCUGUUACAUUUUCGAACAAAAUGUCAUAAUGUUGAAAAUGCUUAACAUUGAUAAAUAUUUUCAGUACAUGUAGCUAGAUAUGUAGAUUAAUUCCGUUUUCUCAUGUGUCCUUUUAAUAAUUCAUUUAACGUGCCUUUUAACUUCAUAAGGUUGUCAAAGUGAAAUAGUUGUGUGUUUAUUUUCUUUUUGCCAAUUAAAUGUAUUUAAACAUUUCAAGCUGCUAUUUUGGGAAACGUUUGAUGUUUUGUUCACUGUUCAAAGCUGUGUCUCAGAAGUCAGUGACUUUAUAUUUGAUGGUUAAGUUUGUCCCUGUCAUUUAUUCUUUGAACUGUCUAUUAGUAGUCUGGUUCCCACCCAAAUGAAAAUGACAGUAUUACGGUCUGAACUCAGUAAUUUUUAUAUGCAGUAACAAUGCCAAUCGUUGAAGAUGUAUGGUUUAAAUUCUUAAUACAUAACCACGGCAUGAUUGUGUAAAGUGGUGUUUUCUUCUCUUGCGGAACUUUUACGUACGGAGCAAAAACUAUGAUGUCAACAGCUACGUGUAUUUAUAUGCGCAAUGUUAAGUGGUCAGGACAUGAUAACGCCUGGUAGAUGCUCUUGCUGUUACAGAAGGUUUACGUCCAUGCAGCAUUUUGGUAUUUUUAUCAGGGCUGUCCGCUUCCUGGAAUUUUUUUUAGAAAUACGUGUUAAACUCUAACAGAAAGACCAGUGACCAGUCUAUGUGAAGAUAUACGUUUAGCAUUAUAUGUAAUAAAUAUUCAUGAGGUUUUGUCAUGGCGUGUUGUGCAUUAGUGAGCAGUGGUUUUUACACAUCGUCUCAUUUCCCAGUCAAAUGACUUCAGAUAAUUGUAAUGGCACAGUAUCGUAUUUAUGCAGAUUUUCUCAGGCAAGUAAAUCAUUUAACUGAACGUUCAAUUAUUUUGUAUACAUAUAUGUAUUAGAUAUUUCAAUCUUCUAUGCAAAGUACUUUUAUAGCACAUUAAUGUAGCGAAAUAUGAGCAGGUUGCUGUGGGUGUUAAAUAGGCAAAAACCAUGCUUCAAAGUUCACAUCCAGUGUAGCCCGAAGUUGAAACCACACAUUUUUUCAUAUUUCCAAGAAUUUUGUUACUGUUCAGUGUUUUAAAUCACAGAUUGCAUACAGUUAGUACUCGUGUAGAUGCUUGUAAAUCAAGGGGUCUGCCCGUAGACUACGCAACUACUUAUUUUAUCCUGCCCUAUGUAUUUUGUACGCGAAGUUGCAAAAUAUAUUUCAUACUGUUUGAGUAUUUCAUUGGUAGUAAACGAUGUUGACAGUUGAAUUAGUUUGUAAGAAA